AACCAAUUUCUGCGGAGCGGUAAUAUGUCAGCGUCCAUGGACACACUGUGCAAAGUAAAGACUUGAUAAGUUGAUUGAGACUAUCGCAAUGCCUCUACUCACAACUAAGCAUUUGCGAUUGCCAUGGAUUAAGUGCCACUUGUCAUUACAGACGUGCUUAUACUGCGAUAAUGUUAAGGACAAGAAAAGUAAACCAACAGGAAACAAAUACAGGGACACCGUCUAUUUGCCAAAGACGGACUUUGUUUUGAGUCUGAAGAAGGCGGGAGAUGGGUUUAAAAAAUCGGAGUUAAGUGAACUUUAUAAGUGGCAGCAAAAUGAAAACAGAAACAAGCAAUUUAUUCUACAUGAUGGACCUCCAUAUGCAAAUGGCAAGCUACAUGUUGGACAUGCAAUUAAUAAGGUUCUAAAAGACAUAAUCAAUCGCUACAACUUGCUUCAAGGGUACAGAGUUCAUUAUGUUCCUGGAUGGGAUUGCCAUGGUCUGCCAAUAGAAUUGAAAGCUUUAAAAAAGAGCAAAAAACAGACACUCUCUGAUCAGUCCAUCCGAGCCAUGUCAAAGACAUUUGCCGAGGAGUCCAUACAAGUCCAGAAGGAGGGAUUCCAGGAGUAUGGGGUGAUGGCAGACUGGGAGGGGCAAUGUUACCGGACCAUGGACCCCCUUUAUGAGGCUCAACAGCUUGAUGUGUUUUAUGCCAUGUAUGAGAAGGAACUGAUAUAUCAAGGUUACAUGCCUGUGUAUUGGUCUCCAUCUUCAAGAACUGCUUUAGCAGAAGCAGAAUUAGAAUAUGACCCUGGUUUUGUCAGUAAGGCUGUGUACGUCAAAUUUCCAGUGACAGCAGACACGUUAGAGGCAUGUUUUUCUUUAAAUGAUGCUGAGAAAAGCCAAGUAUUUGCCUUGAUCUGGACCACAACCCCAUGGACCCUGCCCGCUAAUGAAGCCAUUUGUUUUGGAUCUGAUUUAACGUACUGUCUGGUGAAAAAUCUUUGUAAUGAUGAACUGUAUAUAUGUGGGAAAGAGUUUGUGGAUCAACUUCAUUCUAUUUUACCUGGAGAAUCAAAGAUUAUUCAAGAAAUAAAAGGAUCUGCUUUCAAAGACUUUAAAUAUAUAAAUCCAUUGAAACAAUUAAUGGAUCCUUCUAUGGAUGUACAAGAGUUACCUUUCUUGGAGGGAGAUCAUGUGACUGCCGAUGUAGGCACCGGAUUGGUCCAUACCGCCCCGGCUCACGGACAGGAAGAUUUUCAGAAGGGAAUGCAGUAUGGUCUCCCUGUGGACACUCUUGUUGAUGAGACAGGAAGAUACACAUCUGAAACAGGGCCACUUUUGGAAGGAAAAAGAGUUCAUGUGGAUGCAGAAGAUACAGUUAUUUCACUACUAAAAGAUCACAUCAUAUUACAAGAGAGCUAUAAACACAGUUAUCCCAUUGACUGGAGAACUAAGAAACCUGUUAUUUUACGGGCCUGUAAACAGUGGUUCAUAGAUACAAGCAAACUACAGCAACAAGCCAUGGAGUGUAUGAAAGAUAUCAAAGUCUAUCCAGAAUCACUGCGUCAAAACAUGGAUGCUCAGCUAAAGAGAAAGUACUGGUGCAUCUCCCGCCAGCGAGUCUGGGGUGUGCCGAUCCCCGUCUUUUAUCACCGCGACACUGAGGAAGUUCUCAUCAAUAGAGAGAUUUUUGAUCAUGUUCGAGAUCUAAUAUCAAAGCAUAGUUCAGACUGCUGGUGGAACAUGUCUGUUGAAGAACUGUUACCUCAGGAAAUUCUCUCUAGGAAUGGCCUUGGGAAUAGCAGUGACUACAGGAAAGGAAGUGACAUCAUUGACAUUUGGUUUGACAGUGGAACUUCCUGGGCAUCAGUUCUCUCAGAUGACAAGGUUGCUGAUGUGUAUCUGGAGGGUCUGGAUCAGUUCCGUGGAUGGUUCCAGUCCUCUCUACUGACUAGUGUGGCCUACAGAGGGAAAGCUCCAUUUAAGAAGUUAGUGGUCCAUGGUUUUGCAGUGGAUGAAGAAGGACACAAGAUGGCGAAGUCUGUAGGGAACGUGGUAGAUCCAGGGCAGAUCAUCAACGGACACAGUAAGGCAACUGGUAUCCCAUAUGGACUUGAUGUUCUAAGAUUGUGGGUGGCAAACUCUGGUCUGCAAACUAAGGUAGCCAUUGGCACCAACAUACUGGAUAUUCAUCAGGAGGAGCUGUUUCAGCUUCGGAAAAUGUUGCGCCAUCUCCUGGGAAGCCUGAGGGGAUUUGAUGUAAACAUUCUCCAGACAAACUACAGUGAUCUCCUGCCUCAGGACCAAUAUCUGCUGUCACUGCUCUACAGUUACGGAACCCAGGUGACUUCAAUGUAUGAAGAAUAUAGAUUUGGAAGAGUUUUGACACUUCUUCAGAAAUUUCUCAGUGAUCUUUCCAAGGUCUAUAUUACUAUAUCAAAAGACAGAUUGUACUGUGACAGUGUCCAGAGCCCCGGACACCGAUCCUCUCUGUUUGUCCUCUAUCACACUCUGGAAGUCCUGACUAAGUCCAUCGCCCCCAUACUACCAUCCCUGGCUGAGGAAGUCUACAAGUUUCACCCACAGAAAAAGACUUCACCAUUGUUUCACACCCUCUGGUACCAUCUAAAUCCUAAUUGGAAUAACCCAGACAUCGAAAAGCUGAUGUCUACAGCUUUCACCAUAAGGGACAAAAUGAAUGAAGUACUAGUAUCUGAACCAAUGGGAAAUUAUGAUGCUAUUGUAAUUGCCAAAUCUCAACUUUAUUCAGAACUAAAGAAACUACAGGAUGCUGAGACUAGCAUGGACUCCCCUCUGUGUGAAAUACUGCAGACAGCAUCAACCACACUGAAAUCUUCCCAGUCAGGGGAAGUCACUGCUGAUGAUAAGGACAUUGUAAUACAUGGUUCACACGCAGACACUCAAACUGAAUUUACAGUGAUACUGACAAAGGCUGGGGGCUCUAAAUGCGAUCGCUGUCGAAGAAAUACAGCCCAGAGCAAUGAAUUGUGCCAACGAUGUUAUGAUGUACUUUUACGAAAUAGUCAAUUAAGUCCAUAGUGUAAUAGGAUAAUAUAAAAACUAUACCGUAUUAAUAAAAACUAUUUUUCAUUAACAAUAAAGGUCUAAACAGUU